AUGAAGCGGGCGGUGAUUUCACAAGGGAAGAAGGCGCCUGAUUGGACGCCGGAUGUUGAUGGAACAGAAGCCCUCGGGGUGAGCCAAUCACUGGCCUGGGAAUGGGAUCGGCUUCCUCGAGGGCACAAUCCCAUCUUCCACGAGAUCACCAUGGCCGAGUUCUUCCGCCGCGCGCUGACGAACCUACUGAACGAGCAGGCUGUUAAGACCCUUGCGAACAACAAAGCGUUCCAGAACUUUGCCUUGCGCACGCACUUGCACGUGGAGCAGACCAAGAAGACUGUUGCGGAAAUGGCGCAGAAGGACAUUAAACCGGAGGAAGCACUUCCUGCUAUCAAGCACAUCAAGGAGUUUGGCCAGGCACUGAAGGAAGAGUUCCAGAAAGACUUAAGGAGAUUCAAAUAGCAGCACGGUGGGUUCGGGAGGUGUCGUCGUCUCUCCUACCUCGAAGUGUUGACCCUUCAACCAUUCUAAUCCAAGUAAUGCAUCCAUCCAUCCACGUAGUUGAGCCCAACACACACCUU